AUGGGCGAAGUUCCCAACUUAUACAGCUCAGAAGAAAAGGCUGAAUUGAUGGAUAUGGUUCAGCGUGCAGUCGAGGCUACUUCGGCUUCUACCGCCGCAGGUUCUGCUGCAAAACCCAUUCCGGAUCUGUCCCCUUUAGCUCUUUAUUCCCUCUUUGUUAAACGUUGUCGAGCUAAUCUUCAUGUAGUGAUCGCCUUUUCACCCAUCGGAGAUGCCUUUCGAAAUCGCCUACGUCAAUUUCCCGCAUUGAUCAAUUGUUGUACAAUCGAUUGGUUCCAGAGUUGGCCCGAAGAUGCACUUGAAAGAGUUGGAAGAAAAUCACUCGCCCAGAUUGAAAUGCCAGAUCAGACCCGUGAAGAUACAGUAAAUAUCUUCAAAUACUUUCAUACUUCGAUCUCAGCUUUGUCAGACAAAUUUCUUACUAAUCUGGGCAGAAGAACAUACGUUACCCCUACCUCCUACUUAGAGUUGAUCGGUAGCUUUCAACGAUUAAUCACCAAGAAGCAAGAUGAAAUAUUACGAGCAAAAAUGAGAUAUGUCAAUGGAUUAGACAAACUUGAAUUCGCCUCAACUCAAGUUGCGGAUAUGCAGAAGAAAUUAGAGCAGCUUCAACCACAGCUAGUAGAGGCCAGCAAGGAAAACGAAAUAUUAUUGAAUGUAAUUGCUACUGAAUCUGUAUCUGUAGAGGAGCAAAGAGUUAAAGUAAAGGCUGAAGAAGAGCUAGUCAAUCAUAAAGCCGACGCCUCUAAGGCAUUGAGUGAAGAGUGUCGAGCUGAUUUGGCCGAAGCUCAACCAGCACUCGAAGCUGCCCUAGCAGCUUUAGAUACUCUCAAGCCUUCUGAUAUUACCAUAGUAAAAUCAAUGCAGAAUCCGCCUCCAGGUGUCAAGUUAGUAAUGGAAGGUGUAUGCGUCAUGCGUGACAUAAAGCCAGAUAAGGUUAAUGAUCCUUCUGGCUCAGGAAAGAAGAUAAAUGACUAUUGGGGUCCAUCCAAAAAACUUUUAGGAGAGAUGAAUUUCCUUGUAUCCCUUAAAGAAUAUGAUAAGGAUAACAUUCCGCCCUUGACCUAA